AUGGGCGGUCGUCCCUUAAUGGGCGGUUGUCCCUUAAUGGAUGUGCUUUCAUCAUCAUCCACAAGGAAUUCUGAACAAAGAUGUCGAUUUGGUGUACUUGUCAAAGGUCAAACGAACAUAACGGAUUGUAUUAACAAACCAGCUGCAACUGAAGGCUACAAAGUGGAUUGUACAAAAGAUAUGAACUCUAACAACACGAUCUUUGAUCCAGUAACGAUAGGUUUCGGAGAAAAUUGUAUAAUUCAUGAACUACACGUACAAUUCAGUGAUAUACAUACAUUUUUACCCUUCAUUCGAAAUAUUAUUCCACUAUUACAAAAAACGUAUAUGGUGCCCAAAAAUAGUCAACUCUAUAUUUCUGUCGCUAAAGAUUAUCCACAACGUAACUUAAUAAUGUUUUGGUCUUGGUACAUGAAUUCGGAACUUAUGGGAGUAUUUACACCUAAUAUAGAUGUAUUUGAAUUUGUGCUACACUCGAUGAACAUUUACAGUGCUCUUGGCAUCGAUGAUUUUAGUUUCAACUCUAAUUUAUCACCGUCACAUAUAAAAAUUCGUUAUCCAUGUGUUUCGGGUGAAAAACGUUUGCCAUACGGUGGUAAGGAUUUUUAUUAUGACAUAUCAGUCGUAUAUCAAAAGCCGAAUAAUGUUCAAAAUCAAUGUUCAAACGUUCUAUUAAAAUCAAAACUUAAGUGUCAAUUUAUGGCCAAUGAUGUUGCAUGUCGAGUGAAUGGUGAAUAUGUUCCAUAUACGUCUAUCGAUUGUACUCAUAUCAGAGAUCCUACAAAUAUUGUUGGAAAACAACGAACGAAAUACGAAAUACAAGGAUUUGAUAGUGGGUGUAAAGUAAAUAAUAUCACAUUAAAAUUUUCAACUACAACAAAAUUUAUGAAAUUCAUUGAUGAAGGUAUUAUAUUUAAAUAUUUUGAUGAUACAGGCUCUGGCAAAAAUUCGCUAGACAUCAGAAUUAAUAAACAAGAUGCAAAUUUACUAUUUAACGAUGAUCACUUUAACGUGUUAACAGCUAAUAAUAUGUUAGAUUUGUUUUCUGUAAGCAUAGAGGAUAGUAAACAAUCAUCAUUCGAAACCAUAAUUGUCGAAAAUUACAUCGAUGUUCAACAGGGUAGACUGAAAGAGGUAACAAUUCGCGGUCCCUGUAUGAUAUCGAAAGAUCAAUUAUUAUAUGAUACGCUCUUCAAAACAUCAAGCGUUAGAGCAAAAUGUGAAAAUAUAAAAUUUAUAAAAACAGCUCUGACAACAGCAAUCACGUUGAAAAAAGAGAUAGAUUCAUCGAGAACUAAAUAUGGUGAUGGACCUAGAAGAAAUGGUCAUUCUCAAGACGAAAUACCAGCAGCAACUGAAAGUUUAUCGGCAGAUGCAUAG